UGAAAAUGUCAUGAUCAUCAUGAUGCGCCAUGGAGUAGAUUAUUCGGCAUACCACAUCGCAAAGUAUGUGCAUGCGCACGAUACUCUCACUGAAACGUGGUGAGACGUACACUAUGAAUAAGUAUCUCGCUUCAGGUCCCCAUUCUGCAGGUCGCCUUGCCCAGAUAACAUGGAUUGAAUACUUCGAUAUCUCCGUAAAUUUGACGUCUGUAAUUUCAUUGAGUCACUAUCAUCACAACUGUCUCAACAAUCAGAAAAUUCUCACACUAGUCGUACCUUGAUGAAACCUGAUUUCUUAUCGCGUAAAUAAUCUGCUACAGGAUGUACCUCCGAAGUUGAAGAUGUGACGACGAGAGAGGGAAAAAAAUAACCACGCCACUGAGCGUCGCGGAGCAGGGCGAUUCGAUUGAUUCGACAUAUGGUGUUCGGUCUUGUUUUUUAAUUGCUUGUUCACCUCAUUGGUUAGCCGUUUGAUUAUUUUGCUUGAAGGGAUUUACUCAUUUGUUGACAUUCAAGAUUCUAGCAGCUGAUCACGAUUGAUGUUCGGUAUUUCUCAAUAAUCGGUACUAGUUGUUGUAUGCAGUAACAAGAACAAGAAGCAUGGAAAUGGAUGUUUGAUGAAUGGUCUUAAUCGAUGAAUAUUCUUGAACAUUUGGGGACAAAAAUCCCUGAAAAAUUCGACAGGACGGCUUAUUGUACUCUAUUAUUUUCAUUGGCUCUUUAUCCGCCUGCUCAGCCCCUUUAAUGUCCUCGUCUCCCAAUGUCCCCCUAGCUGACAGUACCAUCUGCGAAGAAUGUAGUCUGUCCUAGAAAAGUAGCCUAGGACUAGGUGUACAAAUAAUCAGUUUCAGUUUCGUGUGUAACACAGUGACGUAGACUCAUAGUACUAGUUUUUGGCGUAGUACCGCUAGAACUUCCUUGUGAUUCAACAUCGAAGAGAAAUAUAUAUCCUGCGUGUGGUACAACUGGUAGGGACGAUAGCCAUAGCACAAAAUGUUCGGAGGAAGUAUUUUCGAUAAUGAUCCAUUUUUCUCGGGCUUCGGCUCGCGUAGAAACGAACAGCCACGUGGAGGAAACCGCGACCGCCAGCUAGCGCAAAGAGGGUAUAGUUGAAACUUCUCAUUGCCGUUUGAUUUCUAGUUGGAGGAGAGGAUAUUAAAGAACGUUAGUUAUGAUGCAUUGUGAUUGUUAAACUUCAACUGCGUUGUACGGGCGCCAUGGAUUUUGUGAUCAGUAAAAUUCUCGAUGACAACAUGAAUCCUUCCAGCACAAAACUAGUAAACUCUCGAUAUUCCAACAUUAUAACGAUUUCCACAGCAGCAAUGCCGACCCAUUUGCCGCGAUGGAGCAGAGUAUGUCUCAAAUGAUGGGAGAUUUUCCUAUGAUGAGAGGCGGCAUGGGGGAUCCCUUUUCCGGAGGACGCGAUCCUUUCGGCGACAUGCAUGAAAUGAUGAGCAGUAGGCCGUCUGGAGGUACUUAGUUUAUUGUGUGUAAUUGAGAAUGAUGAUCAUUUUAUUUGCGACAUAUGUUUAUUAGAUGUGAGCAGCAGUUCAUCAUACUUCUGUUCGGACACGUACGGCAUUUGAUUUUCUUCGUCCAAAAUUCGGUUCGUUGACUUCUAUUGCCAGGUAGAGGCAGUGGCUUUUCUUCGAGCUCUAGUAUGUUCAUUUCGUCGAAGAUGGGCGCCGACGGGCAGAUGCACACGGAACGCUACUCCUCCAGUGCAGUCCAUGACGGUUCGCGUGACGCCUUUGAGCAGCAGCAAGCCUACAGUAAUUCUAGCACCGGUGUGGACAAGAUGUCACUUGAGCGGCAACACGGGGGUCGUGGACGCAAAAUGGUCAAAGAGUACUCUCACACGUCCGGAGAGGACAGGCAAACGGAAUACCUGCGUGGCUUGGAGUCAGACGCAUGCAAGGCGGAUUUUGACAGACACUGGGGACAAAACAUCGCACCGCACAUGCCGAGACACUCUCACCUCGGUAGAGGUAUGGGAGGACACCAGGGAGCACUUGGCGUAGAAAGCAUGCGAGGCGGAGGAGGUACUUCAAUUUUUUUUGAAGCUGCAACUCACAAAAAUCCCGCUGUCGCUAUGUGAAUGUGAAGGUACUUACUCGUUGUACGCAUCAUGAUGAACCAACAUAAUUCAGCUCUUCAUAUAACUCCCUAGUCGUUUUUCGUAAACAAAUAUCAAGGUCGCGGCUCUCAAGCGAUUGGCUAUGACCGCUCGAGCCGACGCCGAUCUGACCAAAUGAGAGCGCUUGGCAACUGAUUGAGGACGCUCAUCAACUCGAAUCAGCCGGGUGCCUGGACUGAUAAAUGAUGACUUCACUCCAAUCGACCGCGCAGGCGCGAUGGUACCUACUGAACAGUCAAACUAUAUGCGGCCGGGAUGCUCCACCACAACACAGAGAAUGACGGCGAGCCACUGAACUAGCCUUUCGCGAAUACUGAACUUGUUGUAGUUCAUCAACAAGAAUGAGAAGGUUUAUCGAUGAGUUUCUCUCACAAUUAUACAAGAACAAUAAAUUUUCCUCAGCGAGGACGAAACGGAGAAGCAAGCGCAAACCUGCACCUCGCAAAAUGAAAAUUGGUCGGAAUAUCUACGAAUUUGCACGUAAUGCAAGCAAUCAGACGACAAAAACCAAAUAGUAGCUGUGUGCAAAACCACCCUGUACUGUUUGAAAGACUUCUGCUGAUUGCAUCGUCCCGCAGCAAGGGUCUCACAAAAAACAGGCCUCUCGGGUGGUCUCACAAAAACCUUCUCUCAUGAUCAUUACUCGAUGCUGCAGUCAUCGAUAAUAAUAACCUUAAUUAAUAAUAAUAAAAGACUAAGUAGUACUUCUCAUUUGAAGCCAAAACCAAAUUAUUCAGUUUCAAACGAUGUCAGGCGGUCCUGGAGAAGGCCAAGACCUAUUAAAAUAGAAACUCGACUAGUUGUGCUGAU